GCCAGCCUCGCGGAGGAAGUCCUGCCCACCGCAGGCUCCACUUCCGGCCCUCACGGUUCUGGGCUUCGGCUAGCCGGAGGGCCGCGGCGCGCCGCCAUGGUGCUGCUGGAGAGCGAGCAGUUCCUGACGGAGCUGACCAGGCUGUUCCAGAAGUGCCGCCCGCUGGGCAGCGUGUUCAUCACCUUGAAGAAGUAUGAUGGUCGAACAAAACCCAUCCCAAGGAAGGGUUCUGUGGAGGGUCUUGAGCCCGCAGAAAACAAGUGUCUGUUGAGAGCUACAGACGGGAAGAAGAAGAUCAGCACUGUGGUGAGCUCUAAAGAAGUGAAUAAAUUUCAGAUGGCAUACUCAAACCUGCUCAGGGCUAACAUGGAUGGGCUGAAGAAGAGAGACAAGAAGAACAAGAAUAAGAAGACCAAAACAGCCCAGUGAAGGGCACCAGGUUUCCACCAUUACCAGCUACCUACAGAAUGGCCAUUUUUCUUUCUUUCUUUUUUUUUUUUUGCUUUUGGCAACAAAGUUUCUCAUUCCUCCACUGGUAACUGUUGUCCUGGGAGACUAGGGUUGGGAUGUUUCUAGGGACAUUGUGGUAGGAAGCCAGUGUGUUUGGGAUCUGCGCUGCAUGGUUGUGUAUUCCUGUUAAGAUUCCUCUGUGAAGAUCAACGUAUCAUUAAACCUGUGUAGAACUUAC